CUUCUCCGUAGCCAAUUUCUUCAGUACCUCAUAAAAAGGCCAAAAAGAAAAAGGGGAAAAAAAAACUAAAAUAAAAGGGGAAGGAAGAAACUCGAGGCUAGGGUUAGGGUUUUGAGCGAUGACUUCCUCAGAGAGUGACAAGCCCGAUCCCAAAUCUCCCCCAGUUCAGGACUCACCCAUCUUUGGUUAUGUGAGUAGCUUGUCUCCUAUAAAUCCAGUCAAUGCUAGAUCCAUCGUGCAAGUAUAUGAAAAUGUAGAUAUUCCAUCCCCACAACUGGUGUUCAAAACACCAAAUUUCAGUCGCUCAAAUUUAUUGGGAAGAUCCCAACUUUUGGCUUUAAAUAAUGUUGAGAAUAACUCUCCUGGAUAUAGAAAUAAUACUAGAGAAUAUUCAGAAAACGUUGAUGUUAACGGCACCUCCCAGCCAACAAGAGAGUUUGUUUCUCACAGAGAUAAUGAAUGCCCCAGUGGAGACCCAUCUCCAACUCAAUCAUUUACCAGUCCUUCAAAUUGUGUUGAUGAUUUUCUUGCUGAUCCUUCAGAGAAUGGUAAUUGUUCUUCUAGUUCACCGGAAUUUUGUGUUAAGAGAGCUUGUAAGGACAUUGAGUACGACAAUGCUAGCUGUUGUGAGAAUCAAACGGAAAGCUUAAAGGAGGAUCUUCUGAGACCCCAUCCUUGCACCUCUGCAAUUUCCACUAGUAAACAGACAGAUGAUUCUCUUCACUCAAAGCGAGAUUCUCAUACAUCUGAUACUUUGGUAAAUGAUUCUAUUAACCAUAAAGAAUCCUACUUAGAGCUCCAUGCAGCUGACAUGAAGAAACACACAAACAAGACAGCUGUUAUAAGUUUCAGAGGACUAUAUCAAACAGAAGAGGAUGUGGAAAGUAUGUCCAUGGCUGCCGAGACCAUGGAAAUAGAUAAAGGAUUAAUUGCUGCACAGAUGGGACAGGUACCAAAAGAUGUGAGAGACUAUACUAAUGCACACAGCUCGGAUUUUAUCAUUUGGGAUAGAGAUAAUUCUGUUUUUCAGGGUGCAAUUGGUAGUUCCUCUGUGUCAAGAGCCAAUAUUUGUGAUCUCUCCCAUGACGAGAAAGGAAACUCUACAACUUCAGCCUUUCUGUGCCAGGGAGAACGAGAGCCGAAGCUGCAGACUACUGAAACUUGUCAACCAAAUGAAUUGGACUGUACCUCUCAAUUGCCUCGAGAUUUCCAUGAGAAGAUUCAAACAGGCAAUAAUAAUAUCAAGAUCACUGUGCCACCGAUUUCUACAUCUGCUGGAAAUGAUCUGGAGGACAGUAUUCAACAUCAACGUGGCAAGCGAAAACGUCUUGAAUUUGAGGCAGCUGACUUAAGUAACAGAAACUCUUUCAACUACACAACUGAAGCUUCCAAUUUGGAUUUACCAAUUGCUCCUUUGGAACUGGAGUCUGUAGGUGCCUCUCACGCAGAAUCAAAUGCAGUGUCCAGCCACAAGCAAGUGGUUCACUAUACCUCUACGAAUGCUCCUUGUCGAGUUUCAGUUAGGGUUGACAAAUCUGGACAAUGCAAGGAAAGUCUUGUUGCAGCCCCUAGGCCAGCUGGGAUUGGAUUACACUUGAAUAGUAUUGGAAAUGCUGCAUCCACAAACUACAAUUCAGACAUGCAACUAGCAGAAAGGAAUGCAGGUCUACAUGGGAAGUCACUUUCUCUCGAUAUUGAGCAGGCAUCCAAAAACUCAAAGAGUUGCUUGGUUUCCGUGAGCUUAAUGCACCCACAAAAAUUUACAUUUAGUGCUGAGAAGCCCUUGCAUUAUUCUGGGAAUGAGAGAAAUCAAGAAAGGCAACAAGGAGAUCAAGGCUUUCAACAACAUCAUUCAUCUGUCAAUUAUCACUCUCCAUUGGCAGCAAAACCUUUGAAUAGCUCUGCGCCACUGAAGCAUAUGGAUCACUACAUGACUCCGUGUAAUAUUAAAGGGCUAGAGGAGGCUAAGAAAUCUGAGGAGUCCACUCAAACCAGUCCCAGUAAGAAGAGGAAGAGGACCCCAGCAAAUGGUCCUAAAAGGUGCAACUGUAAGAGGUCAAAGUGUUUGAAGCUCUACUGUGACUGCUUUGCUGUAGGAUCAUUCUGUUCUGAAGCUUGUGCAUGUAUAGAUUGUUCUAAUAGAACUGAGCAUGAAGAAAUUGUUCGCGAAGCUAGACAACAGAUAGAGUCUCGUAAUCCACUUGCAUUUGCUCCUAAAGUCUUGCUGCGUGUCAGUGAUACACCCAAAGGCAUAGGAGAUGAUGAGCCAAUACCUCCAACCUCUGCCAGACAUAAAAGAGGAUGCAAUUGCAAAAAGUCACUGUGCUUGAAAAAAUACUGUGAAUGCUUUCAGGCUGGCGUUGGAUGUUCCUCAGGAUGCCGAUGUGAAGGAUGUAAGAACACUUUCGGCAAGAAGGAUGAAUAUGAGAUAUCUGAAGUGACAGUAGAACAUAAAAGGCCUAAGGAAGCAAGCUUGGAAAGGGAUCUCUCUGGUGAACUGGAGAGCAUAGAAGUCAAGGGACAAAUAACAAAUGCUAAGCGAAGACAUUCAAGAUUCUCCCCUCUCACUCCAUUACUCCAAAGUUCAAUGGGAAAUGAUCUGCCCAAACAUCACCUUCCUUCAAGCCUCUUUCCUUCUCCGGACUCUGUUGCAUCUAUUGUAAGAUCUUAUGAAUCUUCUGAUGCUGAUCUCGAUGCCAUGCAGAAUGAUCAUAAUACCGAAAAAGUUGAUCCAUUCUCACCAGGAUGGGAUGUGUUUUCUGAUAUAUAUAACCUAAGCCCUUUGCUUAAAACUUCAGUUUCUCCUAGUGCUGGCAGCUCCUCAGCUGCAUCCAAAACCCGAGAGCAUAAAAUAUUUAAAUUUCCACAAGGUAGUACGAAAAUAUCACUUGGUUCUCUUCGGUGGCAUAACUCACCCAUAACUCCAAUACCUGAAUUUGAAGAAAGUGAGUUUGUCCGAGAAUCUGAUUCAAAUAGUGGAGUACCUUGCAACCAAGAGGAUGAUACCCCUGAUAUUUUGAAGGAAACUCGGUCACCAAUUAAGAUGGUAAAGUCUUCUUCCCCUAAUUCAAAGAGGGUGUCUCCGCCUCACCGAAUUUUGUGCAGUACAAGUGAAAGCCCUCCUCCAUCUGGUCUUAGGAAUGUCCGCAAGUUUAUACUUCAAUCUAUGCCUGCAUUCCCUCCUCUUACUCCUUAUUCCAAGAGUAAUAAAGAAGGAACUAAAGAGGAUGAGUUCACAUGAACAGUAAGUUGUUAUCAUAAACGGGAAUUAUUAUCAUAUUGUAGAUCUAAGUUUUUGUUAUCCAUAUUGAGGGACCGAGUUCUGAGUUUCUAAUAUUUUGGAUGGAAGCAGACAUUUCUAGAAUUUGUUUCCCUGUUAUGCGAUCUUUGCUUUUGCGACAUUUUAUGUUGCGGGACCUGAAGCUUAAGUUGUCAGAAAUUGUUUUUCCUUA